UGUGCCCACGUGGGUCUGUGAGAAGAGUUUCUCCCGCCGUUAAUUCUAGUAAGAAGUCACCGCAUUCGAAUGCUGAAAAAUAGUGAACCAUGGGUGCAGGCCUGACUAACUUUAACUCAG